UUUUGAAACUGAAUUAGGCCUAAAAUGGCUGAUUUUAUUUCUGAAACAUAUAGGAAUCGCCACUAGACAAUAGCUAGCUCUUCAUAGUUUAUGGUUGCUGAGUCAGCUGAAUAUAAGUUCCGCAAAGAAACAAUUUUUGGAACAGGGCGGAUAGCACGCAGUGAACAGCAAGCUGGGAACAGCAGCUUUUCCUCCUGUUCUGUGCGCUGUGUGAAAGGGUUGUUGCAAGAUGGAUGAUCAGGCAAACAAGCCCCACAGAAAGUCCAAGGACAAGGGGAAGAAGUCAAAAGACAAGAGCGGUCCCAAUGUGAAAGCCUUCGCAGUUUCACGCCCUGGGCGUUCUCAAAGACAGGCAGCUAGAUCCCAUGAUGCUAAAGAAAAGAGACUGCAUGUCCCCCUCGUGGACCGCCUCCCUGAGGAGGCACCUCCUAUUGUGGUCGCGGUGGUGGGACCUCCGGGUGUCGGGAAAACCACUCUUAUCAAAUCCUUGAUCAAACGCUACUCGAAGCAGGGACUUAGUUCUCCCACGGGGCCCCUCACAGUUGUGACGUCGAAACGAAGAAGGCUCACAUUCCUAGAAUGUCCCUCGGAUUCGCUGGCGAGUAUGAUCGACGUUGCGAAAAUCGCAGAUAUCGUACUGCUCAUGAUCGACGGCAAUUAUGGCUUCGAGAUGGAGACCAUGGAGUUUCUUAACGCCCUAUCUGCCAGUGGAAUGCCUGGAAAUGUGUUCGGAAUCCUUACCCAUCUGGAUCUAUUCAAAAAGAUCAGCACCCUUCGGCAGGCGAAGAAGCGACUAAAGCAUCGGUUUUGGAGUGAGCUAUAUCAAGGAGCGAAGCUUUUCUAUCUAUCCGGAGUCAUCAAUGGACGCUAUCCCGACCGCGAAAUCCAUAAUCUAUCCAGAUUCCUGUCUGUCAUGAAGAAUCCUCGUCCUCUGAUUUGGAGAAAUUCGCAUCCCUACUGUCUGGCAGACAGAUUCUUGGACAUCACCCCACCGACCGAGAUAGAGGAAAAUCCGAAAUGCGAUAGAACCAUUGCGCUCUAUGGAUACCUACGCGGUACGAACUUUCCGGCGGUUGGCGCCAGAGUGCACGUUCCAGGCGUGGGGGAUCUUAAUGUGUCUUCAAUCGAAGCACUGCCGGAUCCUUGCCCGACGCCGUACAUGGAUCAGGCGAUAGCGAAGGCAACAGGAAAAUCAAACCGGAAGAGAUUAGGAGAGAAACAGAAGCUACUCUUUGCACCAAUGUCGGACGUUGGCGGUGUUUUGGUUGAUAAGGAUGCUGUCUACAUUGACGUGAAGACUUCGACCUUUAAUAAAGAGGAGGAUGACGAGGAUGAGGAACGGGGUCUGGGAGAGCAGCUUGUCAUGGGGCUGCAGGGUGAAAGAAAACUGCUCGGCGAGACCGCCGCUGGCGUCCGACUCUUCAGAGAUGGUGAUAUUAUUGAUGCUGGAACUGGCGAAGAAGGGAGAAAGGAAAAAAGAAAGGUCCGGUUUAUGGACGGCGAAGCAAAUGGCCGGGAUAUUGUUGAUGAAGACGAAGGUUUCGAAAGUGCCGAGGAGGACGAGGAAGAAGAGGAAGACUACGACGACGACGUGGGACCACCACCAGAUUUUGAUGCACGGUUCAAGAGACAGCAAGAUGACUCGGAACAACCGGACGAUGGUGAUCUUGCCUUUGCCGAUAGUGAUUCAGAUCUUGGUUCCGUAUCGUCAGUGGAGGAUCAAGACCUGGAAAGCGCGCCAAGUGAUUACGAAGAUGAGGAUGAUGGGACUAUGCAUUGGAAAGAAAAUCUGACGGCUCAGGCAAAAGAGCUGUUUAAAAAGCCGGCAUAUCGUAUUGCUGAACUCACCCGUAUGCUGUACGAUAACUCGAUACCUGCGGAGGAUGUCGCGAGAAAGUGGCGCGGAGAUGAUUUCCCGCCGUCUGGUGAGGAACAGGAGGAAGAUGCUGAUGAUUUUUUCAAGAAAACGAAUGUAGAGAAGCAAGAGCUUGAUGACCGGACGAUUCCAAUCUUCGAUUAUGAAGAACUUGAACAGAAGUGGCAAGAUGAGGAAAAUCUGGAGCUUUUACGGCAGCGGUUCGCCAGCGUUAAAUUUUCCGAACACGCAUCAGGUGACGAAGAAGGUUUUGAUGAAGAUGAGGACGGUGACAGCGAUUCCGAAGGAGACGGGGCUUUUGAGGACCUUGAGACCGGUGAAGUGGUGAGUGGGCAACCGGGAAGUGGUGACGAUGAGGAAGAGGAGGGCGACGAUGAGGAGAGCGGCGCGGAAGGCCUUGAAGCAGAACGUGAGAAGAAUGCCAGAAGAAAAGAAGAGCUCAAAUUGCGAUUCGAGGAAGAGGAUAGGGAGGGGUUUUCUAACGCGAAAGAGGGCACCCGGGGUGAUGGAGACGAAGAACAAUUUGGCGAGGACGAGUGGUAUGAUGCACAGAAAGCAGCACUACAAAAACAAAUCGACAUUAAUCGAGCCGAGUUUGAUAACUUGGAUUCGCUCUCCAGAGCCAGGGCUGAAGGAUAUAGAGCCGGGACAUAUGCACGAAUUGUGCUGGAGAAUGUUCCCUGUGAAUUCUCCACGGGGUUUAAUCCCCGUUUUCCAGUCAUCGUGGGAGGCUUAGCACCCACAGAGGAGCGGUUCGGUUUCGUCCAAGUUAGGAUUAAGAGGCAUCGAUGGCACAAAAAAAUCCUCAAGACCAACGAUCCGUUAAUUUUCUCCCUUGGCUGGCGACGAUUCCAGACCCUCCCUAUUUACAGCAUCUCGGAUUCUCGAACCCGAAACAGAAUGUUGAAAUAUACCCCGGAGCAUAUGCAUUGUUUUGGAACUUUCUACGGCCCACUAGUUGCACCUAACACCGGCUUCUGCUGCGUCCAGUCAUUCUCGAACAAAAAUCCGGGAUUCAGAAUAGCUGCCACCGGAGUCGUAUUAAGUGUCGAUGAAGGCUGCGAAAUUGUGAAGAAGCUGAAGCUCACCGGUUAUCCAUAUAAAAUCUUCCGAAAUACGGCUUUUAUUAAGGACAUGUUCAAUUCCGCCCUUGAAAUUGCCAAGUUCGAAGGCGCAGCUAUUCGCACAGUGUCUGGCAUUCGAGGACAAAUUAAACGUGCUCUCAGCAAACCCGAAGGUCAUUUCCGUGCCACAUUUGAAGAUAAGAUUCUCAUGAGCGAUAUCGUUUUCUUGCGUACUUGGUACCCGAUUAAACCGGCCCGAUUCUACAACCCAGUAACCAACCUCCUUGACGUCGAAGACGGAGAGGGCAAGGGAGGAUGGAAGAGCAUGCGUUUAACAGGCGAAGUGCGGCGUGACCAGGGCAUUCCAACUCCCCUUGAGAAAGAUUCCGCAUAUCGCCCCGUCGACCGGCCCACCAGGCACUUUAACCCGCUCCGCGUCCCAAGACAACUUGCCUCGGAUCUCCCUUUCAAAUCCCAGAUUGUCCAAAUGCGACCCCGCAAGAAGGAGACGUAUAUGCAGAAGCGAGCUGUGGUUUUGGGCGGGGAAGAAAAGAAGGCCCGAGACCUGUUGCAAAAGCUGACGACGUUGCGUAAUGAGAAGGUUGCAAAGAGGCAGGCGGCACAGGAGGAACGACGAAAGGUAUAUCGUGCCAAGGUGGCGGAGAGUUUAGAGAAGAAGGCGGCUAGAGAGAAGAGGGAAAAGGGGGAAUUUUGGAGUCGCGAGGGCAAGAAGCGGAAGAACGAGGGCGGAGACGGAGGCGGUGGGAAGAAGAGAAAGCGAUGA